AUGACUUCUAUGCUUCAUUCACCUCGUCAUUCAAUAUUUUAUAUGAAUGAUAUUCAAGAUUUACUUAAAAAUCAAUCUGAAAAUUCUUUUAUUACUUUAGCAACAUAUCCAUCAUCAUCAACAACAACAGGAUCACAAUAUUCUAAUAUGCGUGUUACUCAACGUCUUCAUCGUUAUCGAUCAAUGAAAAAACAAUGGCAAGAAGUAGCAACUUUUAUUCAAAGUAAUUCAUCUGUAUUUUCAACAUAUACAUCUUCCGUAUUAUCUUCAAAUGUUUUACCAAUAACACAAAAAUCAACUAUUGAAUCGAAAGAUUAUUAUAAUAAUGAUUGUAUUAAUACAACAAUAGCAAUCAAAGAUAUCAAUGAAGGAAAUUCUAUUGAUCUUGAUCCAUUAUAUUCAAGAAUUCAACAAGAUUUAAUUAAAUUAAGAAAAAUAAUUAAAAAUAAUCAAAAUAAAUUUCAAAAUAAUAAUUCUCUUCUACCAUUAUCUAACAUUAGAUCAUUCACAAAAACAGUAAGUUCAAAAUCCUGUCUAUAA